UGGCUCAUGGUAAUUCUCUCCCUCCCACUCUAAAACCAAAUAUGUGGAAGGAACUAAAAAGGAAGUGUUGUCAUGCCAAGAUGAAAACGGCAGAGGAAACUGCAGCCCCUGAACUCUACGUGACGCUCAUGAUGGCCCCUAAAAAUUCUCCAGCGAAAGCCGUCAGACUUCAGAGCGACCGGGUGUUUGAAGAAAUCGGCCGCCGCAUCAGAGAGGUUGGCGGGCAGCUUGUCAAAAAGGUGAAUGCGGUCUUUCAGUGGGACAUCAUGUGUGGGGAGUUGAUGGUGGCCCAGUGGACUCUGGACCUGAAGACCGGCUCUGGUGAGCUCUACCGAGGCCCUUCCCGCCAGUCCGCUGACGCCGUCUUCACCCUCUCUGACGACGACUUCAUGGAGCUUGUUCUCGGCAAGGUGAAGCCUCAACGGGCCUUCUUGGUGGGCAAGAUCAAGGUGAAAGGCAGCAUCGUGCUGAGUCACAGACUGGAGACGAUUCUCAAAGACUACAUCAAGUUGUGA